GACGAAGAGCACUAAAUGGUAAGCCUAGUAAAUGUAGCUAAACGUUUGAAGAUACAGGUAGCUUUAAGCCUUCAUGCGCAUAAUUGAUACCACAGAGCUGGUCAUUUAUUGGGUUUCUAUAUAAUAUCCAUAUAUGUACUGCGGCAUAGGAUUUGAUUUGAUAGGGCGACAUAGGAUUUAAUUUGAUAGGGUAAUCAUACGAGGAAAACAAUAUUAACUUGAAGAUAGCGCCCACUGGCGACUUCCUCUUUCGUAGUCACGCAGAUUGGUUUGUACGGCUGUUCAUCAAAAUUUCCUCGUCCUUAAUUGGUCAUUUCUUGCCCAGCCACAAACAAAUAAGCCUUUCCUUUGCUGCUUUUGAGAACUUGGUAGGCGGUUGAUCAACGCACGCUGCCAAAAUGAUGGGAAGACCAAUCGUCGUGUUGAGCCAGAAUAUGAAAAGGGAGUCUGGACGCAAGGUUCAGAAAGGGAACAUCGGUGCCGCAAAGGCAAUAGCAGAUGUCAUCAGAACAUGCCUGGGACCAAGAGCCAUGAUGAAGAUGCUGCUAGACCCCAUGGGCGGCAUUGUCAUGACCAACGAUGGCAACGCCAUCCUCCGCGAGAUCCAAGUGCAGCACCCGGCAGCCAAGUCCAUGAUUGAGAUCAGCCGCACCCAGGAUGAGGAGGUGGGAGACGGCACCACGUCAGUCAUCAUCCUCGCUGGAGAGAUGCUGUCUGUAGCAGAGCAGUUCUUGGAGCAGCAGAUGCACCCCACAGUCAUCAUUAGUGCCUACAGACACGCCCUGGACGACAUGCUCGACAUGCUCAAAGACAUCAGCACCCCGGUGGAUGUGAAUGACAGGGCACAGAUGCUGAAGAUCAUCAACUCUGCCAUCUGCACCAAGGCCUUGAGCCGUUGGUCUACCAUGGCGUGUAAUAUUGCCCUGGACGCCGUGCGCACUGUGGAGUUGGAGGAGCACGGACGCAAGGAAAUCAACAUUAAGCUGUACGCUAAAGUGGAGAAGGUGCCUGGUGGCUUCAUUGAGGACUCAUGUGUGCUAAAAGGCGUGAUGGUCAACAAGGACGUCACUCACCCCCGCAUGCGCAGAAUGAUCAAGAACCCCCGCAUCAUCCUGCUGGACUGCUCCCUGGAGUACAAGAAGGGCGAGAGCCAGACUGACAUUGAGAUCACACGUGAGGAAGACUUUUCCAGGAUCCUUCAGAUGGAGGAAGAGUAUAUCCAGACGAUCUGUGAAGACAUCAUCCGCCUCAAGCCAGACCUCAUCUUCACUGAGAAGGGCAUCUCAGACCUGGCACAGCACUAUCUGAUGAAGGCCAACAUCACAGCCAUCCGCCGUGUCAGAAAGACUGACAACAACCGCAUUUCAAGGGCAUGUGGGGCUCGCAUCGCCAGCCGUACAGACGAGCUGCGUGAGGAGGACGUGGGAACCGGCGCCGGCCUGUUUGAGAUCAAGAAGAUUGGAGACGAGUACUUCACCUUCGUCACAGAGUGCAAAGACCCCAAAGCCUGCACCAUCCUGCUGAGAGGAGCCAGCAAAGAGAUACUGGCUGAGGUGGAGCGCAACUUGCAGGAUGCCAUGCAGGUGUGUCGUAACGUGCUACUGGACCCAUCUCUACUCCCUGGAGGCGGGGCGGUGGAGAUGGCUGUGUCCAAGAGGCUGAUGGAGCGUUCCAAGACCCUGACCGGGGUGGAGCAGUGGCCCUACCGUGCCGUGGCCCAGGCCCUGGAGGUUAUCCCCCGUACACUCAUCCAAAACUGUGGAGCAUCCACCAUUCGCGUGCUCACCUCUCUCAGGGCCAAGCACACCCUGGAGGCCUGUGCAUCAUGGGGUGUGAACGGAGAGACUGGCACCUUGGCAGACAUGAUGGAGCUAGGCAUCUGUGAGCCACUGGCUGUGAAGGCCCAGACUUACAAGACUGCUGUGGAGACGGCCAUCUUGCUGCUCCGCAUUGAUGACAUUGUGUCUGGAAUCAAGAAGAAAGGUGAUGACCAGGCUGGAGGAGGACAGGGAGCUGAGUGAAGAUGGGGGAGGAGGAAAGGAAUGGGUUGGUUGACCAGUGGGCAAACAGACUGUGCUAGUGUACAUAGGACAGCCUACUGUUCUCUUUUUAGGAUGCUAUUUUCCCAAAAACAUUGUUUGGCCUGGAUUGUCAACCAAGUAUGUGUCUCGAUAGUCAAGCGUACACUGUAGCCAUGUGUUUUUGAUUUGCUAUAAAAUUGUAAUCGAAUGCU